AUGUAUGUGCGUUUAUGUGUUACUAUGCACUUCGAGUUGGGCUCAGCAAUCAGAAAUCCUCACGAAAUGCGUGCUGUCUGCACAGAAGGAGCUCAUUUAAAUAAUUUGGAAGCGGCUCGUUUCGUCAAGCCGGACAUACACGAGCAUGAGGUUGCUCAACUAACUAAAGACGCGGUAUCUAAACCCUUUUGGUUGCAUUUUGCCUCUGCUAAGAAACCAUCUUAUCGAAGGUAUGGAGAAGAACUUCUGCCUCGCUUUGCGGAGUGCACUCAAUCGAAAAGUCUCAUUGCUCGUAUAACUCAUGGCGAGAAGGCUUAUUUAAAAGAGUACCCUUGGAUGGCUUUGCUUGAAUACACUAACGCCAAAGAAAAGCGUCAUCUUUGUGUGGGAUCUUUAAUUAAUCACCGUUAUGUCAUUACGGCCGCACAUUGUCUGGAAAGUCAUUUAGACUUGGGUUUAAGCAGCGUUCGUCUGGGUGAAUGGGAUACCAGCACAAAUCCAGAUUGUAUUUUAAAUGCAUAUGGUGAAGCUUUUUGUGCUCCUAAACAUAUUAUUGUAAUGAUCGAGCAUGCUGUACCUCAUCCCCUAUAUAAACCGAAUUCAAAAAAUUCAAUCAACGAUAUCGGUCUCUUACGUCUAGAACGCAACAUUAGAUAUAAUGAUUUUAUAAGUCCGAUAUGCUUACCUCGAAGUGCUGAAAGCAAUAAAAUUACAUACGACGGAACAAGAAUGGCUGUUAUAGGCUGGGGUCGAGAUGAAAACUCGAAAGAAAAUACAAUUAAAAUGAAAGCUUCCGUGGUUGGAGUUGGUGCCGAAAGAUGUAAGCGAUUUUACCGAAGGAAGUAUGUUACCUUGACGGAUUCGCAAAUUUGUGCUGUUGGAGACGGAGGUAGCGAUUCUUGUCAGGGCGAUUCUGGUGGCCCGUUGAUUACGACACAAACGGUCAAAAAGUGCGUUUAUAUAUUAGCGGGUAUCGUUUCAUUUGGUUCCAAAAAUUGUGGUUUAGAGGAUUUCCCUAGCGUGUACACCAAGGUUGACAAAUACACCGCUUGGAUCUUGCACACAAUCAAACCAUAA